GUGUGGCGUGAGUGAAUUACGAACAUAAACACAUGAUUAGACCAGCCACUGCCAACAUCACAACUGUUCCACUGUCUCACUGUCCCACUGCUCACGGGGCCAACGUCACCGCCUAAGAUCUGCACUUUUAACUGAUACAGAGUCCAUUUGAACCAAAGACUCAAGUUAUUUGCUAAGUCGCUACCUCGGCUAACAUCCCUGACCCUUCUCUGGCGCAGGGGGAAUGGAGAAAGCUAAACAAGAUGCUUUUGACAACGCCCGGCUGCAGGUGAUCCAGGAUGGCUACAAGUCUGCCUUUGAUUGCAUCAACCAGGGCCUGAGUGCAGAUGAGGCUGGGGACAAGGCCCAUGCUCUGGAGCUCUACCAGAGGGGGCGCCGUCACCUCCUCAGGGCCAUCAGCGUGCCCUCCAACGGGGACGAGUGCACUGGCAUCGCCUGGCAGUCUGCUCGCGAGAUGCAGAAGAAGAUGCAGGAAACGCUAAAUAACAUAACAACGCGGGUAGCCAUUCUGGAAACCAGCACAGAGACGACUCCAGAAACUACUCCAGAACCUGCUCCAGGAGGUAGACUGUACCCGAACAUUUCAAACAAAGACGAGCCAGAAAGAUCUCCACAGUCCAAUAAUGUGGUGAACGGAGCAGGAGGAGCACGUGGAGGAGCAAGUGGAGUUGCAGGUGGAGCUCUACCCCACUCCCCCACCAACCAACCCAGAGCCCCGGCAGGCCAACCUCCGGCCUACUCCCUCCAAGCGGCCGAUGGGCACCUGUCCCUCUCAUACGGCACUGAUUCUGGGGAGAUGUCGGCAGUGGGGGAGGACUUCUACAGUCAGUGCUCUAGCCCCUCUCCCCAGAGCGUAGCCUGGGAGGAUGGGGAGCUGCUGCUGUACAUCCCACACGGGGUGCAGAUAUUCUUUGUGACACCAGAGGGAGAUGUGAGCGCACCGUCCUACCCAGGCUUCCUCCGAUUGGUCAAGUUCACCAACGAGGCAUCAGACAGGAUGCCCAAUAGACCGCCAGCAUUCUUACAGGUGUGUGAGUGGCUGUACCCGCUGAUGUCCCUCCAGUCUCCAGUCUUGCUCUGUACCUCAGGGGUGUUCAUGUUCCCUGACAUGAUGGCUCCGGCCCCUGGGUACUUUGUGGGUGUAGUGCUGUCCUCAGAGCUGCCCGCAGCAGACAGGGAGCUGUUCCAGGACCUGCUGUCUCAGAUGACCGACCUCCGAGUACAGGCUCCAGAUGAAUCAGCCGACUCCAUUAACCUGAGUCAGAAGGUGUCGCUGGUUGCUCCUCAGGUUACUGCAGAGACAGGGGCAGCAGAGGAAGAGAAGGAGGAGGAGGGAGAGGGAGAGGAGGUCAAGACACUGCCAGAGUGGAGUGAGAAGGUGGCGCAUGGUAUCAUCACAGGUGCCUCGUGGCUAAGCUGGGGCCUGGUGAAAGGAGCAGAGUUCACGGGUAAAGCUAUCCACAAGGGGGCAUCUAAGCUGAGAGAGCAUAUCACUCCAGAGGACAAACCCACCACCGUCAGCCCCACUGUCACCAAGGGCCUGCAGGUGGCGAAACAGGCUACAGGGGGUGCUGUCAAAGUCAGCCAGUUCCUAGUGGAUGGAGUGUGUGCGAUCACUGGGUUUGUGGGCCGAGAGUUGGCUCCACAUGUGAAGAAACACGGAGGAAAACUCAUCCCAGAGUCCAUGAAGAAAGACAAAGAUGGCCGCUCCAACAUCGAUGGAGCUCUGGUGGUGGCAGCCAGUGGAGUACAGGGCUUCGCUACUAUGUGGACCGGUUUGGAAGUAGCUGCUAAGAACAUUGCAACAAGUGUCGCCACGGAAACAGUCUCCACUGUAAAGCACAAAUUUAGAGGCCUUCAAAAUGUCUUGCCUGACUCACCCAAUCAGAACACAUGUACGGAGCCGAGGCCGGACAAGCCACUGACCACGCCGUCAACUCGGCCAUCAACGUGGGCAUCACCGCUUUCAACAUCGACAACCUGGGAGUCAAAGCUGUGGUGAAGAAGACGAGCAAAGAGACUGCUAAGGCAAUACUCAAGGACUACAACGUGCCGGAGGCACCAGACAACAGCAAGGGAGGAAACCAGGGGAAGAAAGCAGGGAAAUAGUCUCCCAUAUUGCCCUGGUCUGCUCCAUGAUGCCUUACCAUAGGUUGUGUUCACAUGACAACAUCUAAACUGCUUUCAAGCUGCACUGUGGAACUUUUCCAGUGGAGGUGUCCAUUAUUUGCUUGAGUUUGUUUGCCUCUCAAGUCCAGACUGAUGUGUCUCUGUAUUUUUUUUAUAUAGAGAGACAUCAGUCUCUAACCCGGCUCAUACCAGACUGAUCUGUACGAUGCUCUGAAGUAACUUCUAGUCAUUUAUCAAUCAGUUCUCCCUGAAAACGAUCUGGAGAAGGUGGAACCUUAUGACGAAUACCUGAAUCUGAUUGACCGAAGCGUCUGGCUCCGCACAGACCUGCUGCUGUUAGAAUUUGAACCUCACAGUGGAGCAUCUCAAGGUGGAUUCUCGUGAAUUUGGGAACUCACAAAUUUCACAAAAAUUUAUGUUGUUGUGCAGGGUUCAUCAGUGUGGUCCCCACGCCUUCCGUUACGCCUCGAACCGAACACAGUCUUAAAAAUCAGAUUUGUUUAUUUCAGUGACACAUUUGAUACCAAGGAGCUCAUAGGUCAUCUGUCAUUUUGCAACAUUUUAGUUUGCGCACUGAUUCUCCAGAAAUCUGCGAUGUUUGUUCCUUUUUUUUCUUUUGAACUUGUUAGCAGCCAUAUUUGUUUUGAUACAGACAGAUUAUGUGUUUCCCUGAUUUGCUAAUCUGCCUGUCAAUCACACCCAUCUAACCACAGGGACGUUCACCUGUGAUCAGACUCACAUCUUCAGGAAGUGUCUAUUCUGGAUCCCAGGAAACAAUGUCAUUGGUUUGCCUGCAGUGUUCCUCAAUAUAGCAUUAACCAUGUCUUUUUACUGUAAGUGUCUUGCCUUCAUAGAUGGACAUGUUUAAUACUGUCUGUAGAACAGCUCAGGCAAAGCAGUAAUGUCUCUACGGAAAGGUUCCACAGUACACCUUUAUUGAGGCGGAGGGCAGGUGCCAGAAUAAUUCCACAGAAUAUACUUUAACUGUGAAAAUGUGAAUAUUUAGUCCUGGUUUAGUCCUGGUUUAGUCCUGGUUUAGUCCUGGUUUAGUCCUGGUUCAGUCCUGGUUCAGUCCUGGUUCAGUCCUGGUUCAGUCCUGGUUCAGUCCUGGUUCAGUCCUGGUUCAGUCCUGGUUCAGUCCUGGUUCAGUCCUGGUUCAGUCCUGGUUCAGUCCUGGUUCAGUCCUGGUUUUGUAUUAAUAGCUCUGUAAUUCUUGGACCUAUCCACAUGAAACAAAAACUGACUCCAAGUUCAGCGUCUUCUGUCAGUUUAAAUUAACUGAACUAAAAUGCUAUUUUUGUGAGAGUCUCAAAAGAUGGGGAAUGAUCAAAAUGUUGAAUCUCCCAUAGUCAUGUACGCCCCUGCCCUCCAUGACAAAAUCCCACAGCUGUGAUCACAACCUAUUAAUAUGAAGUUUCUAUAUUUAUAAGUCUACAUUAUAUAUUUAUACGCUGACUGAUAUUUUCUUAUGCUUGUGUAUUUUUCGAGAGAUUAGAUUCUAGAGACAUUAACAGCCACUUUAAUCCUAAGGGAAGGUAAAAAGAGGACCUGUAUUACAAGUAUGUCCUCUGGGUUUGACACGAGUUCCUCAUUUUUCACAGGUAUCGAUACUAAAAAAGUCCUUGAGAGGACAGAAAUGAACCUUUCCUGAAUAUCUUUCGAAUGAUCUUGAGCUGUAUAAGAACAUGUAUAAGAGCACAUAGACUAGUAUACACCCAUGGACCACUAUGGAACCUACUUGGACCACUGAGUGAUUACACAGAUAUAAGGCUGCAUGGGAAUAUAAAAGAAAGUACUACCAUUUAAUGUUGAAAAUCACAUUCUGUUGUCAAAAGAAAGAUCAAUAUUGAGUAUGAAGUAUAUUCCUUAGUAUCAAAAUCGAGUUUAAAAUUUUAGUAUCGUGACAAUACUAAUGGUUACUAGGUAACAGUUAUGGAAUUACCUCUACCCAUGUCAAUAUUCUUCUCUUGGCCAACCAGGAAGUGAACAGUCUAAUCUGUCAUAUGCACUUUAAUAUAUAUUUUAAUAACUGCUGAAUAUGGACCUAAUAAUAAGCCUGGGUGAAUUUCCUUUAUGGUAGGAUGCUGAAGUCCUACUGUGAUGCCUUCACACAUCUGUAUAUUGUAAUAUGAGACAACUGCAUUCUGUGCCUUAUUUUGAAAAGAUAAUGAAACCAAGUGAAGUUAAACGGUAUAACUCUCUUACUGCCCUGUAAAUCGUUCAUGAAAAAUAAUAUGAUUUAAUUUAAUUUUCUAAGCAGUGAAUUCAUUCUGUCUCAUGACUCUUUUUUGAUUUAAGUUUGGUCCAAAAGUAAAGUGUAACCUUUUCUUAUAUAAAGUGUAAUAUGCUCAUCUGCUGAAUGUCAAAACAUCUGUUCAUUAUAUUAUUAUAAUUAUUACAUUAUAGACCUUUGCUUUAACCAUGCCUCAGUCUACAAAUACAAUCUGUUU